GCACGCUCAGUGCGUAAGAUCCGGGCCCGAGGAAGGAUGAAUGUUAAUUUCAAAGAUGGCAGCGGAGGGAGGAGGGAAGGAGAUGAACGAAAUUAAAACUCAGUUCACCACACGGGAAGGUGUCUAUAAACUCCUCACUCACUCCGAAUACAGCCGACCCAACAGAGUGCCUUUCAAUUCCCAAGGCUCGAACCCCGUCAAAGUCUCCUUCGUUAACGUCAAUGACCAGUCUGGGAACGGCGACAGAAUCUGUUUCAAUGUGGGCCGGGAGCUCUACUUCUAUAUCUACAAAGGCGUUAGAAAGGCUGCAGACCUGAGUAAGCCCAUAGACAAGCGGAUAUACAAGGGAACGCAACCCACCUGCCACGAUUUCAAUCACCUGACAGCCACAGCAGAGAGUGUGUGUCUGCUAGUGGGCUUCUCAGCUGGCCAGGUGCAGCUUAUUGACCCCAUCAAGAAGGAGACAAGCAAGCUGUUUAACGAGGAGAGACUCAUAGACAAGUCACGAGUGACAUGUGUGAAAUGGGUCCCUGGGUCCGAGAGCCUGUUUCUGGUGUCCCACGCCAGUGGGAACAUGUACCUGUACAACGUGGAGCACACCUGUGGAACCACGGCACCGCACUACCAGCUGCUGAAGCAGGGCGAGAACUACUCUGUGCACACCUGCAAGAGCAAGUCCACACGCAACCCCCUGCUGAAGUGGACGGUGGGCGAGGGGGCGCUCCACGAGUUCUCCUUCUCCCCCGACGGCAAGUUUCUGGCGUGCGUGAGCCAAGACGGAUUUUUGCGCGUGUUCAAUUUUGACGCGGUGGAGCUUCAUGGCACCAUGAAGAGCUACUUUGGCGGCCUGCUGUGCGUCUGCUGGAGCCCCGAUGGGAAGUACAUCGUGGCGGGCGGUGAGGACGACCUGGUGACCGUCUGGUCCUUCCUGGACUGCCGGGUCAUCGCCCGGGGCCAUGGACACAAGUCCUGGGUCAGUGUUGUGGCCUUUGAUCACUACACCACCAGCGUGGAGGAGGGCUGCGACCCCAUGGAGUUCAGUGGCAGCGACGAGGACUUCCAGGACCAGGUCCAGUUUGGACGGGACCGGGCCAACAGCACGCAGUCGCGCCUCUCAAAGAGAAACUCCACGGACAGCAGGCCUGUUAGUGUGACCUACCGGUUUGGCUCUGUGGGCCAGGACACCCAGCUCUGCCUGUGGGACCUGACAGAGGAUAUCCUGUUCCCCCACUUGCCCCUCUCCAGGACACGAACACACACAAACGUCAUGAACGCGAGCAGCCCCCCAGGGGGAGCUAUCAUCACCACCAACCCCAGCACUAACGGCAACAGCAGCGGUGCCACCACCCCCCUGCCCACCCCCCUGCCCCGCUCUAACAGCCUGCCACACUCUGCUGGCACCACCACUGCCAACAGCAGCAGCAAGGGUGGAGGGGGGGUUGUAGGGGGUGGUGGAGGAGGAGGGGGCGGGGGAGUGAUGGAUAGCGCCAAUGCCACUGGCGUCAGCAAGUUUGCCACGCUGUCGCUCCACGACCGCAAAGAGCGGCACCACGAGAAGGACCACAAACGCAACCACAGCAUGGGCCACAUCAGCAGCAAGAGCAGCGACAAGCUCAACAUGCUGACCAAAACCAACAAGACGGACCCUGCCAAGACCCUGGGCACGCUGCUGUGCCCGCGCAUGGAAGACGUUCCACUGCUAGAACCCCUCAUCUGUAAAAAGAUAGCACACGAGAGGCUGACUGUACUCAUAUUUCUAGAGGACUGUAUAGUGACUGCUUGUCAGGAGGGAUUUAUUUGCACAUGGGCGAGGCCUGGCAAAGUGGGGUUAUUGUCAUCCCAAAACCCAGCCAGCUCUCCCAGUGGAACUGUAGUAUAGCCUCUCUAUCUGCUGCUAAAGACCCUGCAACCCAGAGCCACAGGCUUCUCUGCUCGCCACCCGCAAACCACUGCAAGAUUCUGUUCUUUUUGUUUUACCCACCCCCCUCCCUCCCUCUCAUCUGUAGACUUGGGUCCAUUACAUUGAUCAAUUACUUUAAAGACGUUGAAAGUCAUUGAGGUGUGUUUGAUUUGCCUCAGUAGGAACUUCUGGGGCUGAUUUGUUUGCUUCAUUACAUUAGAUAAUUUGAAUCACCCUGAGCCCAAGUAUUUGCUACAAGUGAUUGACCCGAUUCUGGUUAUCUGCUGUUCUGUUAGACAUCUGACAUGUGGAGAGAGAGGUUGUGGUGCAAUGUGUGCCAUAUUCUUAUUUCUCCAGAAUAUAUUUUUUAUGUUUUAGUUACUGUAUUUUCCCUUUUGCUUUCAUGUCUCCCUCGACUGUUUGGUUGUUUUGUUUCUGUAAUUCGAGCUCUGUUUAUUUUGAUGCAAACCAGUCAUGUGUCUUGAAUAUAAAGGUACAGUCCACCCAAAUGUCACAACAUUGACCUCCUUUACAUUGGAAGUACGCAAUAGGCCAGGAAAUACAGGCUGAAACAUAAUCUGGGUGAACUGUCCCUUUAAGGCCAAACAUGUAAGCAUCAAUGGAUUUGCUUGCAUCUAAACAAAUCGCAGUCUUGUUUCUCCUGACUAGAAUCUCCCCAGUGAGAACUUUGCACUGAUUUUGUUACUUUGUUAAUGUUUUGUAACUGCUCUAAAGGAGAGAGAAAAGCAGAGAUGAGAGGGCUGCCUUGAUGCACUCAGCUUUGACAUCCUUGGUCUUGAAACCUGAAUCUGUAAAGCUGAAUGCUGCAAUCAUAGUCUCUUAAAAGAAAAAAUUGUUUGCACUUAAAAUUAGUUUAUUAGAAGAAGAUGGCUUUACAUUUUGGGUGUGCAAGAACUCACAGACAACUACUAGGUUGAGUGAUGGUGAUGUUAUUAAAACAUUUGUAUCUAUUGAGCAUUUAUUUUAAUAUUAUUUCAGAUUAAAAUCUGCUCUGUAUCAUAUGUAUAAUAUUGUAAUUCAGUGAUUUGAUGGGGCAAAAACAACCGAUCAUUACUCUAGUGGAUGUUUUGUCAUCAUUUAAGGAAAUAGUUAUAUUUCUAAGGCAGAAAAUAUACAUAUUAAUAAUAUUAAAAUAAUCUUGAAUACA